AUGCCUGCCAGCCGAACCCACCAGAAUGGCGCCGCCCAGUUUAAUCAGAAGCUGAAGAACCUCUUCCGCAUCAACCUUAACAGCGGCGCUGACCGAGACCGGGAGAAGUCCUCCACCGCCCACAUUCAAACCUCCGCAGAUGCAUCUCCCGCCCGCCCAGAGAUCCGGAGCAAGUUCGGUAGCAGCUUCUUCAAAGGCACCGUCGGCCGAUUGAGGACGAAUACCACCGCUAGCGAAGGCAACCCUCUCGACGAGGCUCUGAGUCCGACCGCACACGCGAACCCCUACUUUAUUCACCAGGGCCAGCCAGGUCUCCGCCACCACAACAACGAGUCGGUCCCCCCAAGUCCUCCAGAUACCCCCAACUUCAAGAUCCAGGGCCCCGACGGUGGCCCCGAGCAGCAGACAACGAGUGCCGGCAGGGAGGAACUGGCGCGGAAACUUAGGAGAGUCGCCAGCGCACCCAAUGCCCAGGGCUUGUUCUCCAAGGGAAAGGGCAGCGCCGAGCGCCCCGCCACCGCAGAGUUGAGCAAGGAUCCUUUGGUCCUCGACAACAACUCGGGCACCCUCGAAAUGGUCGACGCUUCCAAGGUCAACGGUUCUUCCACCUCUAGCCUAGGCGUCCCCGACCAGGACGUCCUCGGUAACCUGCCGCCCCCGAAUCGCAACCCUGCCUUCCGGAGGACGUACAGUUCCAAUUCGAUCAAGGUUCGCGACGUCGAGGUUGGCCCCCAAAGCUUCGACAAGAUCAAGUUGAUCGGCAAGGGAGAUGUUGGCAAGGUCUAUCUGGUCCGCGAGAAGAAGAGCAGCCGGCUCUACGCCAUGAAAGUGCUGAGCAAAAAGGAGAUGAUCAAGCGGAAUAAAAUCAAGCGUGCCCUCGCCGAGCAGGAAAUCCUGGCUACGAGUAAUCAUCCCUUCAUCGUUACGCUAUACCAUUCAUUCCAGUCCGAGGACUAUCUGUACUUGUGCAUGGAAUACUGCAUUGGUGGAGAGUUUUUCCGAGCGCUGCAGACUCGCCCCGGCAAGUGCAUCCCCGAGGAUGAUGCGCGGUUCUACGCCGCCGAGGUCACUGCGGCCUUGGAAUAUCUGCAUUUGAUGGGCUUCAUCUACCGCGACUUGAAGCCGGAGAACAUCCUGCUCCACCAAUCGGGCCACAUCAUGCUUUCCGACUUUGACUUGUCUAAGCAGUCCGAUCUCGGUGGAAAGCCCACCAUGGUCGUCGGCAAGACGGGCACCAGCACCACGUCGUUGCACAUCGACACCCGAUCAUGUAUCGCAAAUUUCCGCACCAAUUCGUUCGUCGGAACAGAAGAGUACAUCGCACCAGAGGUCAUUAAGGGUAGCGGCCACACUAGUGCGGUGGACUGGUGGACCCUGGGUAUCUUGAUCUACGAGAUGCUCUACGGCACUACUCCUUUCAAGGGCAAGAACCGGAACGCGACCUUUGCGAAUAUCCUGAGAGAAGACAUUCCUUUCCCCGACCAUGCCGGGGCGCCGCAAUUAUCCAAUCUCUGCAAAUCCUUGAUUCGCAAGCUUCUCAUCAAGGACGAGAACCGGAGGUUAGGCGCCAAGGCUGGCGCUUCGGAUAUCAAAGCGCAUCCCUUCUUCAAGACAACCCAGUGGGCCUUGAUCCGCCACAUGAAGCCGCCGAUUGUUCCUGUCACGGGACGCGGCAUCGAUACCGUCAACUUCCGCAACGUUAAAGAAAGCGAGAGUAUAGAUCUCAGUGGCUCUCACCCGAUGCAGGGCAACCUGAAGGGGGUUCCCCUGGAUAGCGGGCUGGCGACUCCUGGCGGCGAGGCUGCGGUGGAUCCUUUUGAGGAAUUCAACAGCGUCACCCUGCACCAUGACGGGGACGACGAUGACCAGCACAAUUCACAUCAGAAUGGCCAACAUUCGUGA